AUGGUUGUUUUAAUGAAAAAAAUAAAAUUAUUGGGGAUAGUAACCAUAAUAGGUUGGAAUGUUACAAGCGGUAUGGCUUCUAAAGCUGGAAUAUUGAUGAAUAAACAAAUAAAGAAUGAAACUGUGGAUGUUUCAGGAUAUGUUAAAAUAGCAGAUAAGAUGUUCAGAGCAACAUGUAAUUGCCCAUCACAUAUAAAAAGCCUGGAAGAAAUGGUAUAUAGAAGUAAAACACUAUGUCGGCCGUCAAAGAUAAAGGUGAGAACGCACGGAGUAAAAGAAAAGGCGGACGCAGAAGUAAUACAAGCCUUUAAGUAUCUGCCACCGAAGGACUUUGUCUACAUCGCAGAACAGCAUUUUUCAACGAUGGAUGGAAGAAGUAGCCACAAGUCGUAUUACUGCCCAGGUGGUGACUUGGGAAUGCUUGUUGAAGUGCUACUAAACAUGUUUGAAACAACAGAGAAGUUGUCAGAAAGCGUAAUAACAGAGAUGAUGAAAGAGUAUUUAAAAACACUGCCGGAGAAUACAAAGUUCUACCACAGCACAGACCAGUCAUCAGUAGAGAACAUGUGCAAGUCACUCGAAUGGGAAGUGAUAGAUCUGCAUAACAUUGAUCACACUAAUCAGAACAAGGUGAAGAACAUACUAAUACAGAAUAUUGGAGAUUACUACAUAAAGUAUUUGUACGAAUUGUAUCGCAAUGACCCAGUGAAGAACAGAAUAAUCAUAUGGACAGUGUGGGCGUAUUUUAACAUAUUAUGGGACAAGAGUGAAGAGUUGAACGAAAAGUUGUUUUUUGAAAUAUUACACGGAAAUUACAACCCGCAACUACUGAUUGAAAUAAGCAUUAGCCAUGGAUGCGAGAUAUAUGGAAUAUUCCCCAAGGUGGAGAGCAGAGUGGGAGAUAGGCAGUUUUUGGUGUUCUCCGAGUACUCUGCAAACGUGAGGAAGAAUGAGGUCUCAAGGUUCGUGUACAAGUACUUCAUGGACAACCUGAACCACAACUUCAACUUAACGCUGGACCAAUACGCAAUUCAGCUUAACAAGAACGGUUAG